ACCCCAAUCAGAUUAUGAGAGUGUUUCCGCUUUCCGCUUUCUGAGGAAGCUGUGACGAUUCACAGUAGACAGCAAUAAAUCGGUGUGAAAACCAGAGAAUUGUCUCAUUCUGGUAGUUUCUCCAGACUGAUAUCUUAAACUCUAAGGAGACUUCACACCAACAGAAAAAGCUCUGAAACUGUGGAAGAGGGAGAACAGAAGUAGCUAGCCAUGAAUGGUGUGACUUCAUUCAUCAAUGAAUCCACAGGCCAAGACAAGAAUAAGACCAAUGGCUUAUUGGAAAAACCACAACAACCUUUCCUAAUACUGGUCUACAGUCUGCUGUUUCUGGUGGGAUUGAGCCUCAACAGCUUCACCUUGUGGUUUCACUGCCGUCUAACUCAAAGACAAGCGUCCAAGAGCUGGAUGAUCUACCUGAAACAUCUGACAGCUGCUGAUUUUCUGCUAUGCAUGAACAUCCCGCUGCGCAUCAUUCACUAUACCAACAGCUCGUUAACCUUUUACAUACUCUUCUGUAGCUUGGGAGCCCCACUCUUGUUCUUGAACAUGUAUGCCAGCAUCCUGUUCAUGGGCUACAUUGCAGCCAACAGGUACAUGAAGAUAUUUUAUUCCACGGGAACUCACUUCCUGAUGACUGCCAAAGCCAGCCACAUCAUCUCGAUGACCACCUGGGUUGUUCUCCUGACCAUGACAACACCUUACACCAUCAUGGUGCUGAUUAACCGCAAACCUCGUCCUUCUGAAAAUUGUACCUGUGAUUAUCUGAUCAGUGAACCUGUAAAACCACUGUACAGAGUGAUUCAUGCUUUUGCUGCCAUCAUCUUCCUGUCGGUACUCUUUUCUCUGGUUUUCUUCUACUACAGCGCCUCCCGCAGGGUGCUGCAGGUACAGCAGAGGCGGCUAGCCUCCUCCAACUCCAAGAAGCUUAUAAAGUCUCGUAGGAACAUGUUGGUAUUGGUCAGUGUGUUCUGCUUUUGCUUUGUUCCUUAUCACUUUGUUCGAAUUCCAUACGUCAUACUUCAAGUUUCCGUAGUGUUGUUGUACCUGAAGGAAGUGGCCAUCUUAAUAUCAGUUUCUAAUAUCUGUCUGGAUCCGCUUAUUUAUGUCUUUCUUUGUAAGGAGUUCAGGGCUCAGUUUAACCUGAAACAAAUAUUCUGCAGAGAAAGCAACAGAAACACCUCCAUUUUGGAGGAGGGAGACAGUGAAGAUCACAUGAAGACCAUCAAUAAUUCCAAAGCCACCAUGGGAGAGGUCCAGUCAGUGAGGGGAGAACUAGGACAGGAACCAUCGGUCCAGGUUGUUUUAUCAAACAUGAGUAAUCCUGACAAAUAUAAACCAUAGCUGUAUUACUGGAUAUUUUUUGAACAGGCUUAUUAAUUGAAAAUCUGUAUGCUUACAUUUACAUUCAACUUGUAACUGUUAUACAUGAAUUUCCCCACUGCAAAAUAAAGGAUUAAGCUGUUCCAUUUAUGCUUAGUUCAUCGGACAUGCGAGAACAUACAGUCAUAUGAAAAGGUUUGGGCACCCUAUUAAUAUUAAGUGUUUUUAUUUCUAAAUAUUUGGGCGUUUGCAACAGCUUUUUCAGUUUGAUAUAUCCAAUAACUGAUUGGUACAGUAAUAUUUCAGUAUUGAAAUGAGGUUAAUUGGACCAACAGAAAAUGUG